CACAUUCAGCAUGAGCCGGAUCGUAGUAAACUUUAUGCACGGACGAGGGUUCAUUUUCAAUGCCGAAGACUAUCUGAAGCUCCGGUUCGAAUAUCGAAUAGUUGGCAAUCUAAUUGGCGUUCCCGUCUCCCACCCAAGAAAUGUGAACCAACAAGGAAUGCCGGUCGCUCUAUCGGCGUAUGAAGUGAAGCUGCUUCUAGACAAGGAAAUAAUAACUUUGGUGGAUAAAACUGGCGCUUUACAACGGGUUCCUUCCGACGAUCAGUCGCAGCAGUAUGGCGCGAUGGUUGAGCAACAGAAGCAAGAAAUGCAUAUGCCCGUGGUCGAGAAAAGGCUUGAAGCGUUUCGAAAACACAUGCCAAGAAUCAUUGAAGGCAAGCGCCGGAAGCUAUUGAAGUCGGGAGUAAAAGAAGAAGAUAUCCAUCUCGAUCCUGAGCAGCUGCUCGACCAAGAAAAGGAAAGGAUAAUGCAGGAAAAGUUCGAUCAAAUGGUACAGAUUCCAUUAAAGUACCCUCUCACACUUGAAUUUUCCGAAUGCUCGAUCGCCUUGAGCGCCCAAGAGGAUAUAAAGUAUCGCGUCUUUAAAUCGCUCUGGCAACAGGGAGGCUUCAUCACAACGGGAGAUGCAUUCGGAUGCGACUUUCUGCUGUAUCCAGGCGAUCCGAUGUGUUUCCACGCGUCACACACGGUACACGUGCUGGCGGGAGGCGUUUCUAGAAAGCUAGACGCAAAGUACCUGAUCCGGAUCUGUCGACUAUCGGUGGUAGUGAAUAAGCUGUGCGUUAUCGCCUACGUUGACGAGUCGAGCGACGAGGUGCACUUUGAAACCCUCGAAUGGGAAGGUAACGUUACGAAUAAAGGAGACACGUUUUGAGAAGCAAUUGGGA